AUGACAAUGCCAAAUGGGUUUAAAUCACUUGUACGUGCUCUCAGCUAUGGGAAAGUCAGUAGGAGCGAACGUGAAAAUGAUGCGAAUAUUACAAUACCACUGAAUGAUGAAGAAGGUUCUAAUAAAUUGAAGCAAAGGAAGAGAUAUGCAAUAAGGAAGACCACAUCGAGUGGGAUAUUACCUCUCGGAACCCCGGUUAUCAAUUCAUCAAGUGGUUCUAAGGCAGGGAGAUAUCAUAUUGUAUCAGAAUUGCCUGUCGUUGCCACCGGCACACAGAACAAAUCUGAAACUGAGACUGGCGUCAUACCCAAUGACGGGGAAUACGUCGCAGAUAUCAAUAAAUGGGCUAUGCAUAGCAGCAAGCGUGCGAAUGAAGAUCUAGAGCAGAGUGUAUUCCAAGGUAGUGUACCGGCAACCACUUCGAUCCUUCGAAGAAAGAGUUUUGAUGUAGUUGAUCACAAGGAUGAUACAUUCACCGGCCCUGUUUGGACAACAUUUAAGGUGCCAUUAUCUUCUCCGGCGCCAAUGGCUAGUCCGAUUAGCGAACGAGUCCGGUCAGAAGAGACGAAAUCACUACAUAUUGUCAAGCCUGGUACUGAUCUCCGUGGUCCCGAUCAGAAAUUAUUCAUAUCAAAACACGCAGACUCGCGGCAACAACACUAUGUUUCGUCUCACGCAAAGGAACAAGAGAGGUCCAGAUCUCCUUCUGGCCUUAUGAGGCAGACAUCAAUGGAUAGGCCCGUGGAUAAGUACAUGCAGACUAUAGAAAUGUCCUCUUCCUACAUAAACAGUUCGCUAUCUUGGCACGGUAUCCCGAAUGACCGGUUGAAAUACAAUUUCUAUACUCCACCGGUGAACAAUCCGGGAAAGUACACACACACUUCGGCCCAGCAACCAAUCCGGAAGCAAAGCCAAAUUCUGCUCAGUCAAACUGCCCUUGUUCAUUCUAAGUCACCUGCUGCACGUGUCAGAUCAUUGCCGCAGGCCAACCACCCACACAAAUCAGAACGCGCCAAGUAUCAGAGAUUGCCACAGGUAUCUGAACCAUAUGGUGUGGAAUUCGAAGGUGCACCGCAACCGGCAGAGAGGGCGGUAUACUACGAUCGAGUUUACGAAUCUAGACCACCCGACGCGAAACAGUAUCGGAGGAGGGCAUACACCGCGUAA